GGGGCGCGGCGGCCUCGGGGCUCCCCGGCUGCGCCCGCGCCGCUCCUGCUCGCGGCGGCUGCGGCGCUGCUGCUCCUGCCGGGGGCGCGCGGGCGCCCCGCCGAGGAGGACGAGGAGCUGGUGCUGCCCGCCUUGGAGCGCGCGCCGGGGCAGCCGACCGCGCACCUCCGCCUGGACGCCUUCGGCCGCCAGCUGCACCUGGAGCUGCAGCCCGACCGCGGCUUCCUGGCGCCGGGCUUCACGCUGCAGACGGUGGGGCGCAGGCCCGGGCCCGACGCGCUGCGCCCCGAGCCAGCCGGCGACCUGGGGCACUGCUUCUUCUCCGGCACCGUGAACGGCGACUCGGCCUCCGCCGCCGCUCUCAGCCUGUGCGAGGGCGUGCGCGGCGCCUUCUACCUGCAGGGCGAGGAGUACUUCAUCCGGCCCGCGCCCGCGCCCGCCGCCGCCGGGGAGGAGCCGCCCCACUUCCAUCUCCUGCGGCGCAGGCGGCGCGGCGGCGGCGGCGCCAAGUGCGGGGUCACGGACGAGGACGCCCAGCUCGCCGGGGCCGCGGGGGCGGGGGCCGAGGACGCCGGGGAGCCGUGGCCGCCGCGGGACCCCGCGCCGCAGCGGGCGCGCCAGCCCACAGGAACUGCAAGUGUAAGAAAGAAGCGAUUUGUGUCCAGCCACCGCUAUGUGGAAACUAUGCUUGUGGCCGACCAGUCGAUGGCAGAGUUUCACGGUAGUGGUCUGAAGCAUUACCUUCUCACCUUGUUCUCGGUGGCGGCCAGGCUCUACAAACACCCCAGCAUUCGGAAUUCGGUGAGCCUGGUGGUAGUGAAGAUCCUGGUCAUCUAUGAGGAACAGAAGGGGCCAGAAGUCACUUCCAACGCUGCCCUCACUCUGCGGAACUUCUGCAACUGGCAGAAACAACACAACCCGCCCAGUGACCGGGACGGAGAGCACUAUGACACCGCGAUUCUCUUCACCAGACAGGACCUGUGUGGGUCCCAGACAUGUGACACUCUUGGGAUGGCUGACGUUGGAACUAUAUGUGACCCCAGCCGAAGCUGCUCAGUCAUAGAGGACGAUGGCUUGCAAGCUGCCUUCACUACAGCUCACGAACUAGGCCACGUGUUUAACAUGCCACACGAUGAUGCAAAGCAGUGUACCAGCAUUAAUGGUGUCGACCAGAAUUCCCACAUGAUGGCAUCAAUGCUUUCCAACUUGAACCACAGCCAGCCUUGGUCUCCCUGCAGCGCCUACAUGAUUACUUCAUUUCUGGAUAAUGGUCACGGGGAAUGUUUGAUGGACAAGCCCCAGAGCCCUAUCCAGCUCCCCACAGAUCUCCCCGGGACCCUGUAUGAUGCCAACCGUCAGUGCCAAUUUACAUUUGGGGAGGAGUCCAAACACUGUCUGGAUGCAGCCAGCACCUGCAUGACCCUCUGGUGCACGGGCACCUCUGGCGGAUUGCUGGUGUGCCAAACCAAACACUUCCCUUGGGCAGACGGCACCAGCUGUGGAGAAGGAAGAUGGUGUAUCAACGGCAAGUGUGUGAACAAGACAGACAAGAUGCACUUUCAUACUCCUGUGCAUGGAAGCUGGGGGCCAUGGGGACCCUGGGGAGACUGCUCAAGAACCUGUGGUGGUGGAGUUCAGUACACAAUGAGAGAAUGUGACAACCCAGUCCCCAAAAACGGAGGGAAAUACUGUGAAGGCAAGCGCGUGCGCUACAGGUCAUGUAACAUUGAGGACUGUCCAGAUAACAAUGGGAAAACCUUUAGAGAGGAGCAGUGUGAGGCGCACAAUGAGUUUUCUAAAGUUUCCUUUGGGAGCGGGCCCGCGGUGGAGUGGACUCCCAAGUAUGCUGGAGUGUCCCCCAAGGACAGGUGCAAGCUUAUCUGUCAAGCCAAAGGCAUUGGCUUUUUCUUCGUUUUGCAGCCCAAGGUGGUUGAUGGUACCCCGUGUAGCCCGGAUUCCACGUCUGUCUGUGUGCAAGGACAGUGUGUAAAAGCUGGUUGCGAUCGAAUCAUAGACUCCAAAAAGAAGUUUGAUAAGUGUGGUAUCUGUGGAGGAAACGGAUCGACGUGCAAGAAAACAUCAGGAUCGGUUACUAGUGCAAAACCUGGAUAUCACGAUAUCGUCACAAUUCCAGCUGGAGCCACAAACAUCGAGGUGAAACAACGGAAUCACAGGGGAUCCAGAAAUAACGGAAGCUACCUUGCCAUCAAAGCUGCUGAUGGCACAUACAUCCUGAACGGAGACUUCACUCUGUCCACUUUGGAGCAAGACAUUACCUACAAAGGUACUGUCCUGAGGUACAGCGGCUCCUCCGCGGCGUUGGAGAGAAUCCGCAGCUUCAGCCCUCUCAAGGAGCCCAUAACCAUCCAGGUCCUCACGGUGGGCAACGCCCUGCGCCCUAAAAUUAAAUACACCUAUUUCGUGAAGAAGAAGAAGGAAUCUUUCAACGCCAUCCCCACGUUCUCCGAGUGGGUCAUCGAAGAGUGGGGCGAGUGCUCCAAGUCCUGCGGCCUGGGCUUGCAGAGGAGGCUGGUGGAGUGCCGAGACCUCAACGGGCAGCCGGCCUCCGAGUGCGCGAAGGAGGUGAAGCCGGCCAGCACCAGGCCCUGCGCCGACCUGCCUUGCCCCCGCUGGCAGCUGGGGGACUGGUCACCAUGUUCCAAGACCUGCGGGAAGGGUUACAAAAAGAGAACCUUGCAGUGUCUGUCCCACGACGGGGGGGUGUUGUCUCACGAGAGCUGUGAUCCUUUGAAGAAACCUAAGCAUUACAUAGAUUUUUGUACGAUGGCAGGAUGCAGUUAAGCAGCGUCAGUGUGGAGGGAAGGACGAGUGUGGAAGGGCUGAUGCAUUGCAAUCAUGAAGGCUGGAGGGGUCCAGUGCACCUUGCCGGUGAUCAACAGGGAGUGUGUCAGGAAGCUGGGAGCGUAGAGGUAGGUAGAAAAGAAGUUAGGUCGUCAGAAUAUCCUGCCAGUUACGAAUCGGAUAGGGUAGUUAAUGAGGGUUAUUAAUCUCUGAGCAAUGAUAUAGCAUGAUAAAGCCCCAGGGCAUUAUUAUUAUUAUUAUUCUUUGCGUUACAUCUAUGAUGAGUUUAAAAAGAAAAUAGAAACCAUUGUCACAAUGAGUUUAAGGAGCACGCAAUCCCUGUUUUGUGGUACCAAUUCAUUACUUUGUAUCAGGCGUGUUGGGGAAUGAAAAGCAGAAGAAAGAGGUUUUUUUUUUGGUUUUUUUUUUUUUUUUUUUUUUAGUUUCAGACAGGGCUUACUUUACCUCAGUAACAAAGGAGGGAGAAAGGGGUACAAAUAGCAUCUUGACCCAGCACAGAUUACGGCUGCUACAAUUUCAGAGAAGUUUCCAUCAUCUUGUCCACACAGAGGUAAGAAUUCAGGACUUUCCACCUCGAGAGAAAUGCGUAACGAUAUCACAUGACUCCAGUGAACUCCUCUUUGCUUUCUUGCGCCAUUGUUGUGUCUUUAUUCAUGAUUUCAUUUUGACAAAGAGACGAUUGCACAUGUUUGUAAAAAAUGCAGUAAGUCUACAAAGGGUAAAAAAGCAGCAAUAAAUCAUAUGCUCGUGAAAGCCAGAGGAGGCAGGAUGGGGCUCAGUACCCCCUACUUUCUCUCCUCCUGAUGUAAGCCUCCUUUAGGAAUAUGGAUGUGAAACAGCAGUUCAUGUCUCAAGAAAGACCGGGUGAUCACACAAAAAGGAUGUAAUGCCAAUCUAAGAAUGGAGUGUAUAGGAUGGGAUCCCCAGUGUUUGGGGACACGAAGAUCACUCGUCUCACAGUGGGGAGGCUACUGAGGGGUAGCAGGUCCAUCCCCAGCAGCUGGUCCAACAGUCAUAUCCUGGUGAAUGUCUGUUCAGCUCUUCUACUAUGAAAGAGAAUAUGACUUUUUUUUUCCGUAUGUAUAUAGUAAAAUAUGUUACUAUAAAUUCUACGUACUUUAUAAGUAUUUGUUUGUGUAUUCCUUCCAAGAAGGACUAUAGUUUGUAAUAAAUCCCUAUAAUAACAUAUUUAUUUUUAUACAUUUCUUUCUAAUGAUAAAACUUUUAAGUUAUAUCGCUUUUGUAAAAGGGCAUAUAAAGAUAGAGUAUUUAUACAAUAUAUGUUACUAGAAAUAAUAAAAGAACACUUUUUGAAUA